AUAAUAAACAAGAAAUAGUUGAAAAUUUUACAUUUUUGUAAAGAUCAGAUAUGGAUGAUGAACUGAACUCUUCAGAAUUAGGAACUCAGACUUACUGGCAAAAAACUUAUCAAAAGGAAUUAUUAAAUUUUGACCACCAUGGUGAUACUGGGGACGUCUGGUUUGGUGAAGACAGCGCCUUGAGGGUAGUUAACUGGAUUUUAAAAUGUGGCAUAGAUAAAAACACCCCUACAAUUGACUUGGGUUGCGGCAAUGGAUAUACUUUAUUAGAAUUAGCCAGAGAGGGAUUCACAAAUCUUCUAGGUGUGGAUUACUGUGAAGAAGCAAUCAUUUUAGCAAAUAAAGUGGCCCAGAGUCAACACCCACAUUUAAAAUUUCAAGUUUAUGAUAUAAUCAAUGACGACAUUGAAAAAUUAGGUUGUAAAUUUGGUCUAGUUCACGAUAAAGGGACAUAUGAUGCUAUCAGUCUUAAUCCAGAAAACCCCAAACAGAAUGAAUUAAAGUACCAAGAAAAAGUUACAGAAAUGCUUAGUGAAAAUGGUAUUUUUGUUAUAACAUCAUGCAAUUGGACUGAGGCAGAGUUAAUAUCACAUUUUGGCGACAGAUUUGCGUUGAAAACUGUGAUCCCGACACCGCAAUUUAAGUUUGGAGGGAAAGUGGGUAGCGUCGUGUCGUCUGUAGUUUUUGUAAAAAAAUCUACUUCCUAG